GGCGGGGCGCCAUGGCGAAAGUGCUGGCGGCCCUCAGGAACCACUGGAAGAAAUCCACCUUCGGGGCCUGCCUGCUGGGCUGGGGCGGACACUGGCUCUAUGGGAAGCACUGUGAUAACCUGCUACGAAGAGCUGCAUGCCAAGAAGCCCAGGCUUUUGGCAACCAGCUGAUCCCUGCCACUAUGCCAUUGAAGAAAGCAACAGUCUUCCUGAACCCAGCAGCUUGCAAAGGCAAAGCUGGGAACCUUUUUGAAAAGAAUGCUGCACCAAUUUUACACUUAUCUGGCUUGGAUGUAACUGUGGUUAAGACUGAUUAUGAGGGACAAGCAAAAAAGCUUCUGGAAUUAAUGGAAAACACAGAUCUGAUCAUUAUUGCAGGAGGAGAUGGCACAGUCCAAGAGGUCAUAACUGGACUUCUCCGUAGAGCAGAUGAGGCUGCCUUCAGUAAGAUUCCUAUAGGAUUCAUACCCCUUGGAAAAACUUGCACUUUGAGCCACACACUGUAUCCUGAGAGCACGAAUCAAGUCCAACAUAUUACUAAUGCUACAUUGGCCAUUUUGAAAGGAGAGACAGUUCCACUUGAUGUGUUGCAGAUCAAGGGAGAAAAGGAGCAGCCUGUGUUUGCAGUCUCUGGUUUAAGAUGGGGAUCUUACAGAGAUGCAGGAGUUAAAGUUAGCAAGUACUGGUACCUUGGACCUCUGAAAACCAAAGCAGCUCAUUUUUUCAGUACAUUUAAGGAGUGGCCUCAGAAACAUCAAGCUGCUCUCAUAUACCUGGGUCCAACUGAGAGACCUCCAGAAGAGCCAGAGGAGGAGUCAUCCAGACUUCCUUUUCAUGUGAGGCUUUACAGACGACUUCUUUCGUACUGGUCACGUCCAAAAGAAGUCUCCCAGGAGGUAGCCCCAGAGGACUGGGAAGAGGUGAAGCUGUCCACCAUUGAGCUUUCCAUUGCAACUCGGAACAGACAGCUUGAUCUAACACGCACUGAGGACUUCAUGGACAUUUGCAUCGAAGCAGAGAAUGUCAGCAAAGGGCAGUUUGUUCACAGAGGAAGUCAAAAGAUGCGUGAUCCACACAUGUGCCCUGAAGGGAGUCAGCACAUCCAAGCCAGCAGAUGCAUCUUAAAACUUCCAGAGGGCACUGAGGGAUCCUUUGGCAUUGAUAAUGAGGAGUAUGAAGCUAUGCCUGUGGAGGUGAAGCUCUUGCCCCGCAAACUCCAGUUCUUCUGUGAUCCCAGAAUGAGACAGCAGAUGCUGCAGGCAGCAGUACAAUGAGAAUUCAUGGCAAAGGGGCCACUGUUCACCAGUCUUACUAGGGUCUCUUCAGGGCACAUGAGACCUAACUAACUUGAUUAACCCCACGAGACUAACAAGCCUUUUGGCUGUUUUUAUGUGCGAGGUACUUCCAUUGGAAGUGUAUGAUUUAACUGGUCUCAAAGGGGUUAAAAAUGCAAAUGAAAAUUCUGAAAAAUGCGUGUUAACUUGAUGGCAUUGUUCUUUCCCCCUCCCUUAAGAAUUCAUCAUUGUUCCAUUUACAGCACUACAGGCUGAGUGCUGUGUGCCAGAUGCUACUGCUGUAAUGCAAUUGUAUAUUAAAGUGAAAUUUAAGUAUA